AUGACGAACGACUCUUCCAAGCCCACCAUCCCGGAGUGGCAACGCAACUCCACGCCAGCCUCGUCCUCCACAGACUCCCCCAAGCAGGAGCCAGCACCAGCACCAGCACCAGAUCCAGAUCCAGAUCCAGACAGAUCAGCUCUUCUUCAGCAGGCAGAAACCUUUCUCUCCGAUCCCGCAAUUCGCGAUGCUACAACUAGCCGUAAAAUAGCGUUCCUCGAGUCAAAGGGCCUCACAAACGACGAAAUCGACUCACUGCUCGGGGUAAGCCGCAAUGAAGACGCAGAUGUGUCUGACGAUACCAACAGCACCCAGGAAAAGACAGCACAUGUCGAAACCAGCACGUCGUCCGCGACGGCUAUAUCAACUACCGCGCCAACAACCUCUGCACGAGAUGUGCCGCCAAUAAUAACAUAUCCAGAAUUCCUCGUCAACCCCCCCGCCCAGCACAAACCCCCUCUCUUAUCGCUGCGAAGCGUCCUCUACACUCUCUACGGCGCCGCCGGCCUCGGCGCCACAAUCUACAGUGCCAGUGAAUACCUCGUAAAACCGAUGCUCAACACGCUCGGCGAUGCCCGACACGACCUUGCCGAAACAGCCCUAGCUAAUCUAUCAACACUGAACGAGAAACUCGAAAAGAACGUUUCAAAGAUCCCCAUGCACACAUCUACGUCACAGAGACUCGAGGAAAAAGAAGAACCCGAUGAAACAGAGUCAAUCACAUCAGACCCCACAGAAGUCUUCCAUCGCGAUAUUGCAACGCAGACAUCUCCCGAUCUUCUCAAUAACAGCAACAUCGCCUUACCCACGAUUUCGUCUGGCGAAGAGAAGAACCCCGAGAGCAGCGACCCACACAAAGCCGCCAUAGAUUCCCAUACCCAAAGCCUUACACAAAUAACCUCUCAUCUCCGCGAGUUUGUUUCCAACCACGCUGCCUCAGGCGAGAUCGAUAACUCGAUGCGAGACCAAGUAGCGAGUCUGCAGACGUAUCUGGACGGACUGAAUUACUCGUCGUAUAAUCCCUACCUCGCCUCUAAUACCAUGUAUAGUAAUAUCUAUAGCUCUUCGUCGGGUUACGCGGGUCGGGCCAAAGAGGAAGAUGCUAUUUCAACUUUCAGGGCGGAGAUUAGAGGCGUGAAGGGUGCUUUGCUGAGUGCGAGGAAUUUCCCGUCUGGGAGACCAGCGGGGGUUACUAGAUAG